AUGCCUAGCCAUGGCAAGCGCCUCUCCCAUUGCAUGCAACAACGUAAGUUCAAAAUCGCCAUGAUGAUCGUCGUCGACAUCUCAGGAGGCUCUAGCCGUACAGCCUGGCUCGACACCACGGCCCGUAAUAAAGCCUCGCUCAUCAUUGAGCCCUUCCUAUCACACUCCUACAACCAAGACAGNNNNUCGACGUUUCUCGCAGGACAAUACAAUUAUAUGAGUGGUACUUCGGCUUCGACGGCUACAGCUGCCGGUGUCGGCGCCUUGAUCAGUAGCUUGGGAGAAGCUGGUGGAAACUUAACUGAGGUCCUUCUCAAGUCUAAAACAGCUGGUAUUCCCAAUAAUUUCAACCUUACCGAUGUCGGGGAGAUUGAUGCUCUGGGGGCAGUUGAAAUCAGCCGAUGA